UUCUGCCAGUGUGAGGAACCUCAAAUGGUUCCUCAAGUCUCUCUUCAUUUUUACAGCGUAAUUCUGCAAGAGCUUCCAGAUGAUGUUUCCAAGUGUUUUUCUAGGCAGCAGUGACCUGAAACAUAGACUUGCCCUAAUGCUAAAGCACUAAACUUCCUGCAUAACGCGCUGUGGUUACAUAAAGGCAGGCUCCAGCUGAGCUUACGUUCAGUGGUAUCGUGCCCUGAAGUGACACCGUGCUCAAGGGGAGAAUGGGAGGAGACGGUGGCGUAGGCUGGCCGGUGUUCGGUUUCACCAGCUCACACGUGACCGCAAUGGCUGCUUGUCUGUUCCGUGCAGUGCAUCAUUCCUCUAUCGCCCAGCGAAUGUACGCUACGACAGUUUGCUCGCUUCGCUGAACUAUCGGUGUGGCCACUUACCACCCGCCGAAGCGAAAUUCCUUUACACGUUCAGCCGAACAGCUCACCGGCUGAGAAGAACCACAUUUGGGAGAGAAAUUAAAGCGUCUCGGGGUUCAACGUCCACCAACCAACACAGCGGUAGGAGGAGUCAACAGUUGUUUCUCUCUGGUGUGGUGCUGUUCCUCUGACUGUCUGAAGAGAUUUAAGACGGAGAAAUCCAGCAGCAGGCCACUGUGUUGGACUGACUCGUUUGGACAGGUUUGACCCGAGAGCAGUUUGUCACCCCCGGAGCACUGUUUCUCAUUUCCUCUUGUGUCAUAUCGCCCUAGUCCGUCCUGCUGAAACCGGGUGGAUUUGAGUGCGAUCUGGCUCUUGUGAAGAGUAACAACCCCGUCAAACAGUGCUGGAAUAUACUCAACACACUUUUAUUCCAAGAGAACUUUGGGAUUGUAUCCAGAAAGUUACAUAACACCAAAACAAAGAGCGCUACACCUCCACAAUAGCAAGCGCUCGCACAGACAAUCGCAGACAAAGCUCUCCUAGUUGGAUUACCAAAAGUAGCUCAUGAUGGGAAAGUAGACAUCCGGCAACACGGAUAACCUGCACAGAGGUCUGGGACUCAGUGUUGUAUCUGAGCGUGCCAUGUCUGGAAACGGCAACCCCUGCCCCAGCCCCGGAGGUCUGGGCACCCAUUUAGGGGGCUUCCCUAUGAUGCACUACCCUUACUUCUUUCCUCAUAUGCUAGGAGGGCUCUCCCCUCCAGCGCUUCCAGGACUUCCUGUCAGUGGAUACAGCACUCCAUCUCCUGCAACUGUGGAGACCCAGAGCACAAGCUCAGAGGAGAUCGUACCCAGCCCACCUUCUCCACCACCACCACCACGGAUCUACAAGCCCUGUUUCGUCUGCCAGGACAAGUCCUCGGGCUACCACUAUGGAGUUAGCGCAUGUGAAGGGUGCAAGGGCUUUUUCCGGAGGAGCAUUCAGAAGAACAUGCUGUACACCUGUCACAGAGAGAAGAGCUGUAUCAUCAACAAGGUCACCCGAAACCGCUGCCAGUACUGCCGACUGCAGAAGUGCCUGGAAGUAGGCAUGUCUAAAGAAUCUGUUCGGAACGACCGGAACAAGAGGAAGAAGGAAGAGAAGAAGCAGGAGUGUUCGGAGAGUUACGUCUUAAGUCCUGAUACGGAGCAGAUGAUCGAGCGGGUUAGGAAGGCCCAUCAGGAAACCUUCCCCUCCCUGUGCCAGCUGGGCAAAUACACCACGAACAACAGUGCAGACCACAGGGUUUCUCUGGACGUUAACCUGUGGGACAAGUUCAGUGAACUCUCCACCAAAUGCAUCAUUAAAACGGUGGAGUUCGCCAAGCAGCUGCCGGGCUUCACCACGCUCACUAUCGCAGAUCAGAUCACCCUGUUAAAGGCCGCCUGUCUCGACAUCCUGAUUCUGCGAAUAUGUACACGUUACACACCGGAUCAGGACACCAUGACGUUUUCAGAUGGUCUGACACUGAACCGCACACAGAUGCACAAUGCCGGCUUCGGUCCACUGACAGAUCUGGUUUUCGCUUUCGCCAACCAGCUCCUGCCUCUGGAGAUGGAUGAUGCAGAGACGGGGCUUCUCAGCGCCAUCUGUCUGCUGUGUGGAGAUCGGCAGGAUCUGGAGCAGUCGGAUAAGGUGGAUGUGCUUCAGGAGCCGCUGCUGGAGGCCCUAAAGAUCUACGUGAGAAAGAGGAGGCCUCAUAAACCACAUAUGUUCCCCAAGAUGCUAAUGAAGAUCACAGACCUGAGGAGCAUCAGCGCUAAAGGAGCCGAGCGAGUAAUAACUCUGAAAAUGGAGAUUCCUGGCUCCAUGCCUCCACUCAUUCAGGAGAUGCUGGAGAAUUCGGAGGGUCUGGAGGGUGGCGGUGGGGCGAGAGGAGGAGGAAAAGGAGCGCCACCAGGAAGCUGCAGCCCCAGUUUGUCUCCCAGCUCAGCACACAGCAGCCCCUCAGCUCACUCCCCCUGAGUCUCACCUCCAGACAGGGCUCCGUACAGAACGAAACUGGUUAGAAACCAGAAAUAAGCCACAGCCGACCAGCGCCAGAAACCAGAAUUCCGGUAGACUUUGAUCUGGGCUGACCGGACCCGAAUCGAACAGUAAAUCUGUCCGGCUUUCAUUAGCUGAAGACCAAUUGAGCUACACACAGGCCAAGUCUGCUCAAAACUCACGCUGUCAUUAAAACCACCAGUGAUUCAGUGACUACCAGAGCCCUGCAGCUUUUCACGUGGCGGUAGUUUGUGAAAGACGGCAGAACAGAUGCCCUGUGUGUGCAGAAGCGGCUCUUUACUGUGUCUUCCCAGCUCUGCUCCCAUCACACAAACUGUGAAGGUCCAGGGAAGAUCUCUUCCUCAUCUGAGGGAUGCAUACUCUUGGGCCUGUGAUGUUAUUUUAUAAAUUUCAGUCCCUUAAAGCAAGCUAAAGGAUGUUAGGAUGUCAAAUGUCCACAAGUCAGGGACAUUUUGAACUUUCCAGCUGUUUUGGUUCUGUUUCUUUGUUUUCUUACAAAAAAGAUAUAUGAAUAUAUGAAAUCUAUAUUGACAGAAAUAUGAGAUUUGAAUCUUGUGUCUUAGGUGGAAUGCAGAACAAUACUUAACUUUUCUCUCAAGAGUUAACAGUGGGUCAACCUUAACCGUGUUUAUGUUCACUCCAAGACAGUCCUGUUCACGUCAUGCACAAGGGUACGUCACACUAGCACUGAAAAAGAUGCGUGUACUUCAAGAUAUGAAGUACGAUGGGGUUAACACGCAGUUUUGUCCAGUGAGGAAAUGAUUUGGAGACGUAUUCACAAUGAUCAACUUGGCAGUUUUGGCAAAGAAAUGAAGGAUCUCAUGUAAACAAGCAGCAUUUAUGAUGUGUAUGAGAUCUCAGAUUUUAAGGAGCGGUAAAUGCCUUUGUGUAGCUUUUUAAUAUUGUUUCUUAAUUUACUUUUAAUUUUGUAAUUGUUAACUGUCAAAAGACACAGAGACCCCCCCCCCCCACACACAGUAUUAGCAGAUUGUUAAAUAAAAAAUUAUAUUUCCAAACAUAAUGACUCACAAAGAAUACAAGAUGUAUUUUUAGCUAAAUGCCCACAAGAAAUUCAUGUAAUUUCAGAAGUAUUGAGAAUGUUGUAAUUGAGUAUUUCACACAGAACCUCAUGCCUUUUUUGCCUGCACCUCAGUCUUGAAGCCCUGUUAGUGGUAGAUUUGUUUCUAAUCAUCUGUCAUGCUUUAGCUGUCACGUGUGCUGAGAUGUUUCCACCGCCGCGUCCUUCUAUGUACCUUACAACAUCACUGCCUCUGCUCUCCUGCAACAAUCAUUUAACAAUUGUCAACAACAACACUGCCUCUGUGUGACAAUCAAUUUAAGUAAAGCUCACAAACAACUUUGCCUCCGUAACACACUGAUCCCUGCCAGACAUCUGGAUUCAUGAGACCGCUAGCCUAGUUUUGUUUUGUUUUUUUUUAGGUC